UUUUGUUUUUUUCAUUCGACGUCAGUUUGACCCGUCCUACUUUUAGAGCCUUACACACGCCGUACACAAACAGAACAAGGCAAACAGUCAGAGUGCCAUUUGUGCUUAGCUGAUGUUUAAUAGUUGCACACGGUUGGUAGAGUUUGCGCCUGUUAUUGUCCGGAGUGUUAGAAAGAGAAAGCCCGAACUGUGCGGAGACAAGCUAGCUUAAACAUCGACAGCCACAACAAACGGCGAGGGGGCAGGGCAGCUUCACAGCUCAUCUAAGAAGCAUCAGCUGUGAUCUUUCAGACCAGCACGGCUUGUAGCGACCUGUCUCACCCCGGCGCUUCCACUGGCUCUUCAUGCACAGCCUCUUCCCCCGGCCGGUGAGCUGGGGCGUCUGCCAGCCAUGUAUUCAUUUUCAGGCCCAGCCAGUUUACCUGAAUUUGACUUCGGACCUCCGAGCGCCGCUGACUGCCUUCAGAGGGAAGUCACCUCAGACAGCAGCUGGGAAACGAGACGCCUUCGGAAGCACAGAAGAUUAGAUGAUGAGGGGUGCAGUGCCAAAAAGCGGAGGUUAAUGCCUGAGACCGAAGUGGACCUUUCAGCGAACAGCUGUCCUGCUCUGUCUGCACAGCAGGUCGCCCUUCCUCCUCCACAGCCAUGUUCAGCGCCUCAGACCCUCAGCGUGCCGCCGACCUCCUCUGUCUCGUCUGUCCUCUCCCGACCCGAGAUGGAUGGAUCCUGCAUGGAGAUAGAAGCGGCUCACAGGAAACUGCAGGAAAUUGAAGACAGAAUAACCCUUGAAGAUGACGAUGAGGAUCUGGACGUAGAGCCGGCUCCGAGGCGGCCGGUGCUGGUGAUCUCGGACAGUUUGAAGGAGGGUCUGCAGCGCGGCAUCAGCGACAUUCUCCCACAAACUGUGGCCCAGUCUGUGAGUCCUUCAGGCAUGGAGCUGGUCCUGUGGCGUCCUCCAGAAGAUCCCUUCUGCCAGAGGCUGAAGGACUCCUUACAGAAACAGCGUAAACAACAGACUGUGUGCCGGCAGCUGCCGACUCCGUGUUCCUCUCCCACCGCUCCCCUCAGCCCCUCCAGCCCACCCGCAGAGACGUGCUCUCCCAUGUACAGCUUCCCCGGGCUCCCCAGCUCAGCCGAGGAGGACAUGGAAAUUUAAUCCGUAAGCCAGAAGCUGGACGACUUGACAAGGGCGACAGGACAGGCGGGCCGGUUGUGUUGUGUUGUGAUCUGUUGUGUUGAUCCUGAGCUUGCUUGAGCUUGCUUGUGCAAAAUUAAUUUGCCACACAUUCAGUUUUUUUUUUUUUUUUUUUCUGUGGAUAGAUGUGAGGAUUAACCUUCGCUUUAAGUGUAAAUGUAAAUCUUAAAGGCAUGUAGGCUCACCGGCGUAUUAACGUUCCAGACGUUUCGUACAUGUUUCUGACCAGCGGCGCACUCGUGCGUUAAAUACGAGUUGUGGUUUUGUUGAGCAUGCGUGUGCAGCGCGGAGAGCUCCUCUUUAGGGAGUCCCUACAGAACACUAAACGCCUGACUUCCUGUUUACCGUGACGCUGUGACGGAGGAGCGACCCGCCUCUGCUGCAGAUGUGCUCUCUGUCAACUUUGACCUUUUUUUUAAAAGAACUCAACUGUUUUGUGAUAGAGGAGUCAUCUUCCUCUGGUUCAGAUCUUUGCAACAUCUGUGACUUUUGAUUACAUUGUAAUGACUUCUGCAAAGGUAUUUUUUAUGACUUGCUUACAUUUUGCAUAUGUACAUUGCCAUUAAAAAGGUUGGUACUUUU